AAAACUUUAUUCUUUAUAAUUUUAAUUAUUUUAUUUCCAAAAAUGAGCGCUGAUUGGAAUUUCUGGUGGACUUUUGAUGGCAUAUCAGGACCAGAAUUUUGGGGUAUAUUAAAUCCCGAUUGGCAUUUGUGUAGUAAAGGUCAUCGACAGUCACCUAUUGAUAUAAAGCCAAAUCUUUUAUUAUAUGAUCCAAAUUUGAGACCAAUACAUAUUGGUAAAAAUAGAGUAAACGGUGUUUUAGAAAACAACGGCCACAGUGUUGUCUUCCAUAUAAACAGUAAUUCAGAUGAAAUUGAAUUAUUUAAUUCAAUCAAUUCAUUGAAUCCAUCCUCAAUUGUGACAACAAUCAACAUGAGUGGCGGACCCCUCUCUUAUUCCUAUAGUUUUGAUUCACUACACCUUCAUUUUGGUCGUACCGAUACAUUUGGCUCCGAACAUAUGAUAGCAGGCCUUACAUUCCCAGGCGAGCUUCAAAUUCUGGGAUAUAAUUCAGAUUUAUAUCAAAAUAUGAGCGAAGCCUCAACAAAGCCAAACGGUUUGGUUGCGAUUGCUUUAUUAAUUCAGGUUGGAGACACCAGCUCUGAUGAAUUAAAAUCAUUAAUAUCUCAAUUGCAACAUAUUAGAUAUAGAGGUCAAAAUAUAACCCUCAAGUCUUUAAGUAUAAGAGACUUAGUUCCUGACGAUCGCUUCUAUAUGACAUAUGAGGGCUCACUUACGAUGCCGUCGUGCGCUGAAGUGGUCACUUGGAUUGUCAUCAAUAAGCCACUCUUCAUAACCAGACAACAGUUAUAUGCAUUGAGGAAAUUGAUGCAAGGAGAAGCCGAACUGCCGAAAGCUCCGCUCGGAAACAAUUAUCGUCCGAUUCAGCCUUUAAAUGAACGGGUCGUGCGAACCAACAUUGACUUCAAACGAGAACAGGCAUCGAGUGUUUGUCCAACCAUGAAGAGGAAUAUGCAUUAUGAAGUGAACAAAAAUUUUCGUAACACUGGAUAACAUGUGACGGAUGGCCAAC